AAAUUUUAUCCUAGCUUUGGGAAUACAAUAGCCAUUGGACAUAUUAAAAAAUUGGACAAAACAUGCCUUGCAUCUUACAAGAGCAAUACAAUCAAAAAAGAUUCAAGCGAGAAAAGGUACUUUCUAAGCAGAGACAUUCUACCUUAACCAAUCAUAAUGGCUUUAGCUCAUGUUCAUCUAAGAGUUGAAAGCGACGAAGAUCAUGUAUUUAAUGUUCCCGGGGUGCAUCAGUUUAAAAUGAAGAAUCAAGGAAGUAUUAUCGACUUGUUAGUGGCUGCACAAAAUCAAAAUCACGAAUACAACUUCAGUUCGCGACAUAUUCCAAAAUUUGGUGAAGUUGUUACAUCACUUUGCGGUUUAUUUAAUGAUAACGAGGCUAAUAAAGGAUGGUUUUUCUAUACACCACCUAAUUCGAUUGUUGAAAUGGCGUUAAGCAAAGUGGAGUUAACAAGCGGAAUGGAGGUGGUAGCUCGAUAUGAAGAGUUCUCGAGGGAAGAACAAAAAACACAAAUUCAUAAAACUGAAGUUCCAAAGAAGAAGAAAUGACAUUUAGAAUAUAUAUUUUUGGAAGAAACAACAACAAUAAUUUCUUGGUGUAAAGUUUAUAUGCUGAAAAAGUUCUUGGCUGGAAAAAAGAAGUAGAAAAUGUUUGAUCUAAA